AUGAAAGGCAGUGCCAUCCUCUCCCUGCUGGCUCUGGCAGCCGGGGCCCACGCCCAGUCAGCACCCGGAGGUAGCGGCAAAAGCUGCUCUCGCAACGGCGCAAGGGCGGGACAACCAGCAAGCAACCCACUAGUCGUCGGUCAGAACUCCAGAGCCGAGCUCCCAGUGCUCACUCUCCCAAAGAAUCGCGCAUCCACAAACGGCACGGGGAGCGGAAGCAGCGGUGGCAGCGGCACGAAGGGCGGAAGCAGCGGUAGCAGCGGCACAGGACCCAGCCAGGACGCAGAAAGCGGCGGCGGCAAGGCAAGCGUCAGUCUCACGGGAACCAGCGGCGGCACAGGAACCAGCAGAGCCGCCGCCGCGCUCUCGAGCAAACUGCCCGCCUCGGCCGGGACCGUGGUGGAGGCAGCCGCGAUCCCUGUGCCGUCCCAGUUCGACGGCGGCAUGAAGACGUACGAGCGGUCGCCGAGCGUGUGCAUGCCGGGCGUCGAGACGAACGAGGACGCGGCCAUGUUCAUCGUGGCCGACGGGGGGACGCUGUCCAACGUGAUCAUCGGGAAGGGGCAGGCGGAGGGCGUGCACUGCCAGGGGACGUGCACGCUCAACAACGUGUGGUUCGCGAGCGUCUGCGAGGACGCCUUCACGUUCCUGCAGACGGCGGGCACCAGCUACAUCAACGGCGGGGGCGCGUUCGGCGCCCAUGACAAGAUCGUGCAGUUCGACGGCCGCGGCACGGUGCACAUCUCCAACUUCUACGCUGAGAACUAUGGGAAGCUCUCGCGGAGCUGUGGCAACUGCCCGAACAAUGGCGGGCCGAGGGAGAUCAUCGUCGAGGGCGUCAAGGCCGUCAACGGCGGGGAGCUGUGUGGUGUGAAUGCGAACUUUGGGGAUAAGUGCACUAUCAUUGAUUCCUGCCAGGCUGAGGGCCAAGCCUGCACGAUCUGGCAGGCUACUAGUGGGGGUGGAGAGGCGACCAAGACGGCCACGCAGCCUGACGGGAAGGUCUGCGUUGCGCAGAGCUUCCAGCCGACGUGUUAA